AGCCUUUUCCGCUGUCCCCGCUGUCCUAUGAAUCGUUGACCCGAGCAGCAUCCCCCGAUCUCCCGAAACAGUGAAGAUGGCGGCCCGGGUCGUAAUAUUUUUCAAGACUAUGCAAGCGGCGAGAUGCCCGACAGAUGAGCUGUCACUGACUAAUUGUGCCGUGGUGAGCGAGAAGGAUCUGCAGUCAGGACAAAAUGUGACUGUGAAGACCACACCCAACCACAAGUUCGUGUUUACAGUAAAGACCCACCACACUGUGGCACCUGGAAGCAUCGCCUUCAGCCUUCCGCAGAGGAAAUGGGCCGGCCUCUCCAUUGGCCAAGAGGUGGAAGUGGCCAACUACAACUUUGAUAAGUCCAAACAGUGCAUCGGCUCGAUGACAAUCGAAAUCGACUUCUUGCAAAAGAAGAGCACUGACACCUCCCCCUACGACUCCGACAAGAUGGCUGCUGAGUUUAUCCAACAGUUCAACAACCAGGCUUUCUCUGUUACCCAGCAGCUGGUGUUUAGCUUCUGUGACAAGUUGUUUGGCCUGAUGGUGAAGGAUAUCGAGGCCAUGGACGCCAGCAUCCUCAAAGGAGAACCAGCUUCUGGGAAGAAACAAAAGAUUGAUGUUGGGCUGAUGGUGGGAAACAGCCAGGUGGUUUUUGAGAAGGCUGAAAGUUCAUCCCUCACACUAGUCGGUAAGGCAAAAACUAAGGAGGCACGACAGACAAUCAUCAACCCAGACUGGAACUUUGAGAAGAUGGGAAUUGGAGGUCUGGACAAGGAGUUCUCCGACAUUUUCCGCAGAGCCUUUGCUUCCCGAGUGUUUCCCCCUGACAUUGUGGAGCAGAUGGGGUGUAAGCACGUGAAGGGUAUUUUGCUGUUUGGGCCGCCAGGCUGUGGUAAAACACUGAUGGCCAGGCAGAUCGGCAAGAUGCUGAAUGCCCGGGAGCCGAAGAUCGUCAACGGCCCUGAGAUCCUCAACAAGUAUGUAGGAGAGUCUGAGGCCAACAUCCGCAAACUGUUCGCUGACGCAGAGGACGAGCAGAAAAGGUUGGGAGCCAACAGCGGCCUUCAUAUCCUCAUCUUUGAUGAGCUGGAUGCCAUCUGCAAGCAGAGAGGAACAGGCGCCAGCAGCACUGGCGUGCAUGACACUGUGGUCAACCAGCUGCUGUCUAAGAUCGACGGCGUGGAGCAGCUCAACAACAUCCUGGUUAUCGGUAUGACAAACAGGCCUGACUUGAUAGACGACGCCCUGAUGAGGCCUGGCAGGUUUGAGGUCAAGAUGGAAAUUGGUCUGCCUGACGAGAAGGGCCGUGUGCAGAUCUUGAACAUUCACACCAACAAGAUGCGAAGCUUUGACCUGCUCGCUCAGGAUGUCGACAUAAAGGAGCUGGCUGCUGAGACCAAGAACUACAGCGGUGCUGAGCUGGAGGGGCUGGUCAGGGCUGCUCAGUCCACUGCUAUGAACCGACAUAUCAAGGCAACAUCUACAGUGGAAGUGGACAUGGAGAAGGCUGAGAAGCUGCGGGUUACCAGAAACGACUUCAUGGGAUCCCUGAACAAUGACAUCAAACCUGCAUUUGGUACAAAUGCAGAAGACUACUCCAGCUACAUCAUGAACGGUAUCAUCAAAUGGGGCGAUCCCGUCUCUCAUGUCCUGGAUGACGGAGAGCUGCUGGUGCAGCAGACCAAAAACAGUGAUCGCACACCACUGGUGGCGGUGUUAUUGGAAGGUCCACCCCACAGUGGGAAGACAGCCUUGGCAGCACAGAUUGCAGAGGACUCAGAGUUCCCAUUCAUUAAGAUCUGCUCUCCAGACAAGAUGAUUGGACACUCCGAGAUCUCCAAGUGCCAGGCAAUCAAAAAGGUCUUUGAUGAUGCGUACAAGUCCCAGCUCAGCUGUGUGGUGGUGGAUGACAUUGAGCGUCUGCUGGAUUAUGUCCCCAUCGGGCCUCGUUUCUCCAACCUGGUCCUCCAGGCCCUGCUGGUGCUGCUGAAAAAGGCUCCACCAAAGGGUCGCAAGCUGCUCAUUAUCGGCACCACCAGCAGGAAGGAUGUGCUACAGGAGAUGGAGAUGUUGGACGCCUUCAGCACCACCAUCCACGUUCCUAACAUCUCUACUGGGGAGCAGCUAGUCGACGCUUUAGAGCUACUGGGGAGCUUCUCAGACAAAGAGCGGGCUAGCAUCGCACAACAGCUCAAAGGGAAGAGAGUCUGGAUCGGCAUCAAGAAGCUCCUGGUGCUCAUCGAGAUGUCGCUACAGAUGGACGAGACCUACAGAGUGACCAAGUUCCUGUCUCUGCUCAGAGACGAGGGGGCAGAUCGUAAAUUCUAUGAGUAGAGGAAGGAAGCAAAUCAACAUGACGCCAAUGAAACAAAAUGAAGAGGAGGAGGGGGAGAAGAGCUCUUCCUCUUGUGUCUAUCCAACCACCGAUUCAUCCCUCCGUCUAUUAACCUGGUCAAAGACAAGACACACAAGUCCUCUUUUCCAAGCAUGCUUCCGUGGGCAAUAUCACUGUCUCACCUUACUCUUACUCAUCAUCAUCGUCAUCGUCGUCGUCGACUUCCCUUAUCGACAUGUCACACCAGUCGAACUGUUACAAACAUGUUAUCUGUAAAGAAAUUGCAAUAGAUGAUUGUAAAAAAAAAGUGCUGUUUUGUGCAUCGUGUGUAAAAAAAAAAAAAAAAAAAAGCCAUGUAUGUUUUCAGCUGUAGCUAUCGUUGUAUUUGUUGCAUAUCUCUUGUUAAAGUUAGUGCGAUAUGUAUCACAAACUCAAGCCGUAUAGACAGAAAAACCUCCAAAAAUGACACGAAACCCCUGAGCCCUUUGAGUAUUUAAGAUGUGAAUCCAGAGAGGCUUUUAGUGAAUGUGUUGUGGCUGUAAACAAAAAGAAGAAGCUGUUCUAUGUAUAAGUUAACCCUUUAAAUAUAAAGUAUGUAACUUGUUCAUGUAAAUAGUAUAUAUAGACGAAAUACAUGAUAUGAUGAUGACAAGAAAUGAUCAGUUUGAAAUCUAUUUCAUACUACAUCAGUAUGAUUCUUCUUCCCUAUUUCUCUGGAGAUGUUAAUAUUACUACGUUACUGUAAUGGUGAAAGUGUGGAUUGUUGGAUUGUCGGCUUGUCUGUCUGUGUUGCGUACAGUGCAGUUCAGUCGAGCUAGUGUCGCAGAGACAAACUCAGUGUUAACGAUUAAAAAAAUAUUCAGCACUUCUAACAUCCAAUCAAAAAGACCUUUAGUACUUAUAUCGGGGGUUCUUCAUUAGAACUUUGUGUCGGCAGGUGUGCAUGUGAGGAGAACUAACUGCUGUAUGUGUUCAGAGUGUGUGUGCUGGUACUUUUGAACGUUAGCAUGUGUCUGUAUGUGUGAGAUUCCAGGUUUAGACAGUCAGUGGUUAAUUUGUGGGGUUUUUUCUCAUGUCGUGUGUUCAGUGCUUAUCGUCCAAAGUUCUUGUUUUGUUCUGAUCAUUGAAAAUGUAUGCUGUGUGUGUAAAUAUAUAUCAACAACAUGCAGAUCUAUUAUUGCAAUAAAAAGCACAGAUGCACAUGAAAAAUAAA